AUGUCCAAUACGGACCUAGACAUUUUGCGCUUUAUCGAGGAAGCUCCCUGGCUAGUCGAGGGAAGAACAGCAGCUCAGCUGAUAUGGGCUGUCCCUAUAACUCUUGAGUCAUUCUUGCGUGGUUACAAAUUCCAUCGUCUUUGGUACAGAACUAUGGACGCCUUCAGAGAUUGUUGGAUCGUUCCAAGGGGAGAUGGAAGCGAUGAGAGAGUCAGCAUAUUACCAGAGGAGAUCUUGCGUAUGAUUGAGUUCCACGUAAAAGGCGACGCACGAGAGGCUGCAGCUGAAGAAGCCAGUAUGUUCAUCAAUCAUGUAUCGGAAUCACCAAUGCCCACACAAGCAGAAAUUUUGAGGAACUUGCAAAGUCAACUUCAGGAGCCACUGGAGUUACUAGAUGAGGACAAUCUAUCGAAACAGAAGAUCCAGCGUUAUAUGGCCCAUAUGUUUACUCUUACAAUUUCGCCUGGCCUAUCGAUGACUUAUUACGAAACUGAAUAUACCCGCCUGACGCACGUACUUCUGUGUAUUCCAUGGACCUUGACAGAGGUGUCUCGUUGCGAGGGUGAACUAUUGCUGGAAGAACAGGGCGACAUUAAAACGAGAUCCAGGAACAUGGCAACCCAUAUUGCGAACGGAGUCAUGGAUCGACAGGGAUGGAAAACUGCCUCAGACCAGAACAUCGCCAUUGUGGAUCCAGACUACGUUACGCUGUCAAUGGAUAAAGUGCUACGAAUCAAUCUUGCAAUUGCGGAAAUGGAGCUUGAAGUCAUGAAAGAUUUUGAACUUCUUCGUCCCAGACCACCGGGCCAUUCUGAAGGUCAAGAGAUGGUACAAUCGAAUGAGCUCUUCCGCCUAGCAGCGAAUCACUGCUACCUCCCCGACGACGAAGCCCGAGAAAUCAACAGGGAACAUUUCGGCGAUGACUCGGAUACCGAGAAUAGAGAGCUCGAGCUUGGCGAUGAGAACUAUUUCUCGGACGACUCGCUCGGCCCUGAGUAUAGCGAGCGUAUGAGGAAGCAACAUCAGGCUUCGUAUCGCAAAAUCCUCGACAUCCGGCCGCAGCCCUGGCCAUUCAAGAUUGAUGAGCGGUAUGGGAAACUGUGGCAGCCGAGACUCUUGCUUAAGCAUUCCUCAGAGCUGAAUGCCUGGGAGCGAGAGCCAGAGCCACAGCCCGAGCCAAGACAACAGCAAGAACCAAUGCCACAGCAAGAGCCAGUGGAGCUAGACGCUGGACCCGUGUAUUUCCCAUACGUUGCUGCUCCGCCACGAGAUCAGGAUACCCCGAAACCAUUCCUCACAGAGGAGCAUAAACAGAGACUUGCGAUCCUUCUCACCCCUUUCCUGAAACGGGUGAAGGUGAUCAUACUUGCACUGGGCACCUGCUGCUACGCAUUCAUGGCUACUCUUACGCUAUGCUCAGACCACUUGGCCAUAGCUACAUUUCUGACGGUCUGGUAUAUACACUCUAUUAGACUCAUCUGCAACGGGUCCCGAGCUGGGUUUAUGGGGAUAGUGGGUCUUGUGGUUUGUGGGUUGCUCGCGUCGAAGUAUGAGACCGUGGCUUUGCUCUUGGGGCUUGUAAUACCGAGGAUGUAGUAGGGCGGUUUACUUACUAUGGAGAGAGCAACAACGGUAGAAGCAGAUGCAAACGGGGUUGGACAAUGGGAUAUUCUUGAAAUGGAGCACUGGCUUUAUGUUCUUCGGAUGGGAGGAUGUCAGGAAAGUCAUACUCAAGAGCCUAAUUUGCUAUAGUGAUGGGCAGGUCUUUCGCAACAG